AUGGCCGCUAUGGAGGCGAGAGGGCUGAAGAAAGGGCCAUGGACGACGACAGAGGAUGCGAUCUUGACGGAGUACGUGAGGCAACGCGGUGAAGGUAAUUGGAACGCGGUGCAGAAGAACUCAGGCUUGCUCCGGUGUGGGAAAAGCUGCCGUCUACGGUGGGCGAACCAUCUCCGGCCAAAUCUAAAGAAAGGUUCCUUUAGUCCUGAUGAAGAGAAGAUCAUCAUCGAGCUUCACGCUAAGUUGGGUAACAAAUGGGCUCGUAUGGCUUCUCAGCUACCUGGAAGAACGGACAAUGAGAUCAAGAACUAUUGGAACACAAGGAUGAAGAGAAGACAACGAGCUGGCUUUCCUUUAUACCCUCACGAGAUACAUCAUCUAGGGAUUGAUAACGAUGAUGAGUUUAAGUUUAGUUCCUUUCACUUCCCAAGCCAAAACCAUUCUAAUCACCAAAAUUUGAUUCAAUACACUAAUUCCUCUAAUACUUCAUCAUCCUCAUCUUCAUCUUCUCAACCUCAAAAAGAGCUGUGUUUAGAUCCCUUAAUCUCUACUAAUUUCGGCCUUAACCAGAUCCCCAAUACGUUCUCUCUUUACAACAAUAGCCUUGAAAAUGACAAUAGCCAGUUUGGUUUCUCUCUCCCUUUGUCCUCAUCCUCAUCGUCGAAUGAGUUGUGUAAUCCCGACCAACUUCUUAAACUCAUGUCCGAGAACUCGGACACAAACGUUACCAAUAAGAAAGACACUGAUGCUAUGAGUUAUAGUUCAUUUCUUAUGGAAGGUCAUGAGACAAGACCGAGUUCUUUCCCUUUAGGACUAGACAAUACUGUCCUAGAGCUUCCUUCAAACCAAACACCGACCCAAUCGUUCACUUCGAAUAUUAUGCUUGAGGAUGAUGUCCAUCUUGAUCUACCUGCGGGUAACAGUGGAUUGCUUGACGCCCUUUUGGAGGAGUCUCGAGCCUUGUCUCGUGGUGGAAUCUUCAAGGACGCUAGGGUUUCUUCGAGUGGUUUAUGUGAGGAUCAAGACAAGAGAGUGAAGAUGGAUUUUGAGAAUUGGUUGAUAGAUCAUCUCAACUCCUCUCAUCAAUCAUCAUUAGAAGCGAACUAUGAUGAGCCAACGAUGGUGAAGACAACAGUGGAUGAUGAUGAUGACAUAUUGAUAAGCCUUCUCAACAGCUUCCCUUCAACCACACCGUUACCUGAUUGGUACCAGACGAUAGAGAUCCAAAAGGAGGCCUCACCGAGCGGAAUAUUGAUAGGAAACCAUCAAGGUAACAGCAGGGUGGAGCCACACAAGCUCCCGCCUUCGUCCAGUCUAGAUCCUAUGACCUCAUUGGGAUCAUGCUACUGGGGCAACAUUCCUAGAAUCUGCUAA